CUAAUAGAUAUAUAUAUGUUUGUCUUUAUAUUUCAGUCUUUUUGCCACUGCCAAGGGUAUAUUGAAGGUUAUCCAAAGUCUAUGGUGACCAUAAGCACAUGUGCUGGACUCAGGGGCUUAAUACAGUUUGAAAAUACAAGUUAUAGAAUUGAGCCCUUGGAGCCUUCAACUGAUUUUGAACAUGUAAUUUAUCAAGUUAAAUAUAAGAACGCAGGCAUUUCUUUAUAUACGGUGAAGGAUGCUGAGUCAAGAGAAGUGCCCUAUAUACAAAGCAUAGAGCCUUUUACAGAGUUAACUCAGUAUUUAGAAAUGCAUGUUGUAGUCGAAAAAAAGUUGGUGAUUAUCUUUUUCAGUGUAAUGGGUUCUGAUGCAGGUGUUGUUACUCAAAAAAUCUUCCAGUUGAUGGGAUUGACUAAUGCUAUUUUUUCUUCAUUUAAUAUUACAAUAAUUCUAUCUUCAUUGGAGCUUUGGAUGGAUGAAAAUAAAAUUACGGUAACCGGAGAUGCUAAUGACUUAUUACACAGAUUUUUUAAAUGGAAAAGAUCAUAUCUUGUUUUGCAUCCACAUGAUGUGGCAUUUUUACUUGUUUACAGAGAAAAAUCAAAGUAUGUUGGUGCAACCUUUCAAGGGAAGAUGUGUGACCCUCAGUAUGGAGGAGGUGUUGCUCUGGAUCCUGGAAGCUUAAAUCUGAAAUCACUUGCAGUUAUUAUGGCUCAACUACUGAGCCUCAGUAUGGGAAUAGCUUAUGAUGACAUUAACAAAUGCCAGUGCUCAGGAGCUAUCUGCAUAAUGAACCCAGAAGCCAUAAUCAGGACCGAACAGUCGGGGGAGUUGGGGAAACUUGUUGUGCAGUUGGUGGCUGGAGCCUUCCUCCUGGUGGACAAUUCCUGGAACCAUUUCCUGCUUCUCAGCUGUCCUAGAGAAUCAAGCCCCACUGCUUACACAUCUCUCUGUAUACUAUAUAAUAUGCUGUUGUCAUUAAAAUAUCUGUCCAAUGUGAAUACGAGUUGGAAGGUGCGUCAGAGCAUCCGAUUUCCCUUUCAGGGGUGUGCUUCUUUGCCAGCCUCAUGCUGUGAUUCCAAGACGUGUACACUGACAGUCCAUUCAGUCUGUGCCUCAGGACCAUGCUGUACAGGCUGUCAAGUAAGAGCCCAUUUAAAAAGUGUCUGCAUUGCCUGUCACACACAGAAAAGAGAAGAAUGUAGGUCUGCCUCUGGUGAAUGUGAUCUCCCCGAAUAUUGCAAUGGAACCUCUGUGUCAUGUCAAGAAAACCUUUUUGUUCAGGAUGGCCAUCUGUGUGGAGAGAAUCAGUGGCUCUGUGUCAGUGGGAUCUGUGUCAGCAGCACAACACAAUGCCAGGAUACAUUUGGUGAAGGUUCAGCUUUUGGUCCUGCCGAGUGCUAUAAUCACAUGAACACUGGAACUGAUGGAUCCAGGAACUGUGGCUCAAGCGCUUCAGGACACACUAAGCGUAAACCUAAGGAUCUGAAGUGUGGAAAAUUAAUAUGUGAAUAUACAAGCGAGCCUAUAAUUAAUAUUCCAAAUGCCUCUGCUACUUAUAACGUGAGUGGACAUCGCUGUGUCGCAUUGGAGUUUCCAUAUAAUGAUAAAGACAGCACAAAAAUGUGGGUGAGAGAUGGAACUGUUUGUGAUUCAAAUAAGGCUUGCAGGAAUAAGGAAUGUGUAGAUGUUGGAUUCCUGGGCUAUGACUGUACUGCAGAAAAAUGCAGUUCUCCUGGUGUAUGCAAUAAAAAACACUGUCACUGCAACCCCACAUAUUUACCUCCAAAUUGCCAACUUGCUCAAGAUGCAUGGCCUGGUGGAAGUAUUGACAGUGGCAAUUUUCCGCGUCAAGACAGCUUACCUAAUCUGUCUUUCUUACUCAUUCCGUUUCUCUGUGUAUUGAUUGUUAUCCUGCUCAAAGUUUAUUGCGAAUGGAAAAAUCGGAGAACUGAGGAGGAUACAAGCGAUGAGCAACCUGAAAGUGAGAGUGAAUCCAAAGCAUAG